UGCCUUUUGCACACUUCAACAGCGGUCACAAUCAUGACUAGAUGUUUGAAAAACAAACUGAAUAGGUCUCAAAAAUGACUAGAAGUCUAGAAGCAACCACAAGGUGGACUUUAUUGACGCACCCUACAGAGGUCAAACAUGUCUUGAUUCUAUUUAUAUGCGUCACGUAGGCCUACACACUUCUCACUGAAAGCCGGCUGGAGGAUGAGGAGAUCCUUGUGAAACUUUCUCAGCACAAAAGCGUUUUCACUGGUUUCAAGAACUGACAGGCUAGAUAGGGCUCAAUAAUAAUGCUUUGAUUCAUUCAAAAGCCAUCAUAAACUUGAAGAAUAAAAGUACAAAUAAAAAGGAAUUUCAGGAUGAACACAAACCGUGCUGUGUGAGUUAUGCCAACUGCAUGUCCCCUUAAAGCAACAAUGUUUCCUUGGCACAUGAUACAUUCUUCUGACAGAUGCUCGGUCUUGUAAGGCCGCCUGUGUCCGAGUUGGCAGCAUGAGGCGCUAAUAUACCGAGCGGCUCACUUCUCCUUAACCCACGCGUUUCCCCGCUGUAGGCCUAUCUGUAAACCUUAUUUCUACGCUUACAAAUGAGUAACUCUCUGUACUAGCCUAUCUGCGCGUUUGUAAUCCCAUGUAUAGCGGAUGAAAGGAACUAUUUGACAGUGCUGGUCUUCCGGCUGCACUAAGUCAAUCAACUGCAGUGUAGCUAGAUCUAGGAUUAUCACUGGGACUUUUAUCACAGCACCGAGCGGUUAAUGUCGCGUGUGAGUCGCGUUAUUCCACUUUAUUCCUUCAUCGUAUCGUCACGGAAUAAACCGAGGUUCAAUCAUGACAGAGACGCGCAUGUCGCGCUGGUACUUCGGAGGAAUUGCCUCGUGCGCGGCCGCCUGUUGCACUCAUCCGCUGGACUUAAUAAAGGUUCAUCUGCAAACCCAGCAGGAGGUGAAGAUGAGGAUGACUGGCAUGGCUAUGCAGGUGGUGCGCAGUGAUGGGGUGCUAGCGCUCUACAAUGGGCUCAGUGCUUCACUCUGCAGGCAGAUGACUUACUCAAUGACCCGCUUUGCCAUUUAUGAAACUGUGAGAGACAAGAUAUCUAGUCAAAACCAGGGGCCCAUGCCCUUCUACCAGAAGAUCUUGCUGGCUGCUUUUGGAGGUCUUACUGGUGGGUUUAUUGGGACACCAGCAGACAUGGUUAAUGUCAGAAUGCAGAAUGAUGUGAAGUUGCCACCUGAAUUAAGAAGAAACUAUGCACAUGCUCUUGAUGGAUUGUCACGUGUUUGGAAAGAAGAGGGAAUAAGGAAGCUGUUCUCUGGAGCGUCAAUGGCAGCUGGUAGAGGGGCCAUGGUCACUGUUGGGCAGCUCUCCUGUUAUGACCAGGCCAAGCAGCUGGUUCUGGGAACUGGUUUGAUGACUGAUAACAUUUUCACUCACUUUGUUGCUAGCUUUAUUGCGGGAGGUUGUGCUACUGUUCUCUGUCAGCCUAUGGAUGUGGUGAAAACCAGACUGAUGAAUUCAAAGGGGGAAUACAGGGUACGAUUCUGCUUGAAUUUUCAAUUUUGUAAUUUUCUUUUUUUUAUUAUUUAUCUUACAUCUACAUUGCAUCUUGAAUUUCUGAAUUACUGUUCAAAAGUUUGA